GUAAUUAAUACACACCUGUGGCGAUCUCUUUACACGUCGUGUUCAAAGUUUCGUUAUCAAUGAAUCCAGUUAAGUCACCGAAGAUUCGAUUAUAGCGCCUCUUAUGGUACCGAUUUGUAAUUUAGUGGAUAAGAUGGACGAAAAUGGCAUGCGAGGUGUUGUUAAAUUUCAGUGAAAUGUUUGGUCACACCAGCCGCCUAGAAUGGGAGGCUGCAUAGGUAUAACGAGGGCAAGAAACGCCUCUGUCGACGACACCACAGGAAAUUCGACGAGGGUGAAUUCAGGAAAUUCAAGGAAAAAUCAUCCUCUAUGCCACGAAGUCAUUAGGUGGAAGUCGGAUGUACCUUUGACAGAAGGUCAACUCAGAAGUAAAAGGGAUGAGUUUUGGGAUACAGCGCCUGCGUUCGACGGUCGUAAAGAGAUAUGGGACGCAUUGAGAGCUGGAGCAACCGCGGCGGAAGCUCAAGAUUAUCAAUUAGCACAGGCUAUAUUAGACGGGGCUAAUAUUUCUGUGCCAAACGGCUUUUUAACAGAAUGUUACGACGAGUUGGGAACCAGAUACCAAGUCCCUAUUUACUGUUUAUCGUAUCCUAUUAAUAUCGUGAAAGAGGAUAGUGGACGAGACUCGCCUGCCGAUUGUUCAGAACCAGUUGAUAGUGGAGUUGAACAGACAUUAAAGCUUAGAUUAUCAACUACGUUAGGUGAAGUUAAAUUGCCUGUUUACAGCAAAGACACUAUUGCUACUGCUAAAAAGAAAUUACAGAGUCAGGAGGGUUUGGAGCCAUCUCGUCAAAGGUGGUUUUUUGGCGGCAAACUAUUAGGUGAUAAAAUGCAUAUAGAAGAAGCAAAAAUUCAACCAGGUUAUGUAAUACAAGUAAUUGUGAAUCCUGAAAAAUUGGAUGACAGUCCGAUGAAAACAAGCUGAACUAAUGUAUACGUAAGAUACGAGUCACAUUGAACCAACCUUUCUAAUAAGCACUAUCUUACACAUGUUCAAGUAAGAAUACAUUUUUUUUAAUUUUAUAUCAUGUCAUUGUUAAGGGUAGAGCAGCAAUUCUUGAAGUAAUUUUUUACAAUAAAUUGCACUUACAACGUAUUUCUCCGUAAUAUACGCAAAAAAUGUUAUAAGAAUUGAAUACCGUUGCGUUUAAAUUGUAGGUUGUGAUUAUUUAAUUUUCAUUAAUUUAUACUAGAUCGAAUGAAAAAUACUUCGAAGUGUUAACUGCACACAAGGAUAUACUAAAGAGUUCUGAUUAAAAUUUCUGAUGGUUUUUAAAGUUCAACGCAUACAAAAUGAAAAUUUAAAAGAUCGGUUUAGAAAUGACAUUUAAUUUAUAGCUGGAAAAGUGAUUAUACUCUAAUUCUGAUAUUGUCAAACUUACUUGUUACUACCAACGAAGGUGCUGGUGCUGUAACACUCAGAAAACCAAGUAUACAUGUAGAAAAUUAUUCUGUGCUGCUUAUUGAACCAUGUUGCAUAAUUAUAUGAUGUAAGAAAUAAGUCAUACAUUUAAAGAAGAUUGUAAUAAUAAUAAGAGAAUUACAUAAAUAUUGAAUAUAAAAAAAAAAACAUCAAUGGACAAUAGUGAAAAAAGGAACAAGAUAUAUGCUGUUUGUUACGAUGCAUUUUUUUUUCUCUCAUUUUUUAUAAAUUCCAUUUUCAUAAUUAUUUUGAAUCUGAAGUAAGUAAUUAUAAUUUUUAUUCAGAUCAAAUUAGUAGGAACAAUUAUUAAUAUCUUCUGUUAUUUUUGCAUAAUAUAUGUAGGACAUAAAAUUGUUUGAUACUUUACUUUUGGACUUGGUUCUUUAAAUUUUUGUAAAUGAAUUGCGAGCGUUUAUAAGUCGUAAGUUUGCAUUAUUUGAUAAGAGUAUAUGUUUGGCCUAUCGAUGGCCUAAAAUCUACGAUUCCUUCCUGCAAGUACUAAUAGGAUAUUGAAUAAGGUCUUCACAGCCGAAUAAUGCACAGAGAAGAAAACAUAAGACUAAUAUUGAUUAGCAUGUGGUGCAGAAUGUAUAAUUUUUACACAAUUUUAUCAGCACAAUCGUUUUCACGUGUAUGUUAUUUGUGCUUAUGAUAAAACUGUUUACACAAUAAAAAAAAAAAAAAAAAAGUACUGCUAGUUCAAUUUUAAAUGGCACUUAAUUCUUACUUCUGCUCCACAUGUUGCACGAAAAAAAAGAAAAAGAAAAAUUGUCUAAAGUAUAAUUAUACAAAAUGGCAUAUUAUGCGUGUGAAUUUAUUGACUGUACUAACAUGGCGGUGAUAAAGUUUGUUUCUUAUAUGCAUUGAUCAUAAAAUUAUAAUAUAUAGUAUUGCGUGUGGGUGUAUGUAUAAUACAUAAUAUAUAGAUUAUAUAUGUAUACAAAUACAUAUAUCGGUUCCACUAUUCUCAAUUUGAGUGUCAAAACAGAAAUAUUUAAUCUUAUAAAUAACUUAUUUAUAAAUCGGGUAAUCACGUGCAAGUUAUGAUGAUAUAAAUGACUGAAAGAAAUCCGUUAAAAGUAUGAACAUAAAAGUGUAUAAAAUCCUUGUUCAUAUAAAAAAAAAAAAAAAAGAAGAAGAACGAAUUUUUAUGUUAACUAUGAUGCAUUUCUUUGAUAUACAUAUAUAUUAUACAUAACGGUGCAAAUAAAGUUGCACUUGUUGUCAGUCUAUAAAUAUAAGAGUUCCGCAUGCAUAUACCAUUCUUUUAUCUCUCUGCUAGAUCAUUGUGUUCAAAAAGCUAUAACUUCUUUGUACAAGGUAAUCAAAUUUCUUUUACAGUAAUCUUAACGUACAAUUCAAAAAUACUUUUUAUUUGAUCAGGCAUGUGAUUUCUUUGGUAAAACAGUAAAGCUGUUUAAAGUAUUAUUUGUACGUGUUCUUAAAGUUCAUAAAUAUCGAAAUAGUAAUUCCGUAUUUAUGGACAGGACGUUCGUUAUCCGAAUGUAAUUAACAAUAGAAGAAUCCAUAGUGGCGGAUUCUGAUUUUCAUAAAAUUGGUAUUGAUUGGUAAGUCUAUAACUACGUCACUAUCGCUUUCGUUGAUACUUAUUCUUUCUAGUACAUACUAAUUAAUCGAAAUUUUCCGAAUUUUAACUUAUUUUUCUUAAAUUUAUUUCUCAACAUUUUCUGGAUACAUUAAUAUUGGAUCAAUGGUUUUCAUAAAAAUAGAUUUACCAUCCCAUAUCAAUUUGAUCGAAAUCAAUGCUGUUACUACCGAUCUUUCCUUGUGAGACAUAAGAUUCUCAAUGGAAUAACAAAUUCUAUCAGACUGAUAUUAGUUUUGCGAUAUAGGAUUUGGGUUACUUGCAAUACGUAAAAGAGACUGCAUUAAGUUCUUUUCGAUUAAUAUUCAAACAAUAUAGAAACAUUAUUUUGCGCAUAAUAUCAAGUAAAUUAUGUAUCCUUCAUACAUAUCCAUACAAAUGUCUUAUUAAUUAUAAAUGUUGUGUUUCUUUUUUAUGUGGUGUAAUUUCUAUUUGUAUGAAUGAUAAAAAAAAAAAUCAUUUUCCUUUAAUACUCAUAACCAUAUAAUAUCGAAUACAAAAUGUGAUGAGGCAUAAUUGCCAUACAAUGAAAACGAGAGUAAGUGUAAAUAAAAAAGCAUUACAAUAAUGAAAGUGCAAUUCGAAACGCCUAAUAAAUAUCGCUGCUGCUUAAUAUUAAUGUUGCUAUGUUGGACCAAUGCAUAUAAGGCGUUUUAAACAAAAAAAAAAAAAAAAUAAAAUCAUAGAACGACUGAUUGGAGAUUAGGUAGAACAACUGCCAAUAAAAUAAAGCUGAAUUCACUGUGUUGCUAAUCAGAAGUUAUUAGGGAAUACGAUACUAUGAACAAAUUUUUGGAAUAUUAACAAAAGUACUGUAAUUAGGUAGCAAUUAUUAAUUAAGCAGGGUUUACACAUUUUUUAAAGUAAUUGAACAAUUACUAUCGAACUGUUUAAUAUUAUUUACCAAAGCUGGUUUUCUCGAUUAGAUGCAGAUACUAACAUCAUUUAAUAUUUGAUAUAUUAAGCAUUUAAAGAAAUCAAAUGAUGUUAGCAGUCAGUUUGUUUCAAUUCAUAGUCUGGACUUAAUUAUAAGUCAGAUGCAUAAGAUGCGGUCCUAAUGAAUUAUGAUAAAAAAAAAAAACAAAAAUACUACAGAUAUUACAUAAUUUGUUUACUUCUAUUUUUAGGAUAGGUAUUUAUUUGUUCUUUAUAAACAUGAAAUGAGAUAUACUUACAAAACAAUGUAAAAUUACUUAAAACUUUGAUAUUCUGAUUGUAACUAUAUUACUUUAAAGUA